UCAGAAUCCGGAUCUCCAUGGAUCCUCGUCGUGAACUACGAGAACCCGGUUACUGAAACAAUCGAUGUGUACGAGGUUGUAUGGAUGAAUGAAACCGAAAAUUGAAGCAGUACAUGUUCAUCAAACACCAAUGGGUUCAUCUACUCUUCAAAUGGCAACAUCAAAAUUCGCUCUUUGCCCAAACGCUUCAGCGUUGAAUAUUUUGAGUCUCAAUAAGACCAUCACUUUUGGGUCCAAUUUCAAACUUCACGUUCUUUCCUCUAACAAUGGUUCAGCUUCUAGCUGUUCUUCUCGUGGGUCCGUGUCAAGUUUAAAAGCAGAUGAGAACAGACGCAGAAGUAAUCUCGAAUCUCUGUUUUGUUAUGAUAAGGCUAUCCCGGAAGAAAUAAUUGAAAAGCCUGUUGGGUUAUCUUUGGCUGAGAAAGCUAUCGGUAACAACUCCCGAUGCAAUGAUUGCCAUGCUAAAGGUGCAGUGCUUUGCGCCACUUGUGCUGGUUCUGGUCUAUAUGUUGACUCCAUAAUGGAAAGCCAGGGUAUAAUCGUUAAAGUUCGUUGCCUAGGUUGUGGGGGAACUGGAAAUAUAAUGUGUACAGAAUGUGGCGGACGAGGUCAUCUGGGCCCAAAUUGAUUCAAGCCUGACUUUUUGGAAUUUUGUUGUAUCACCAAUAUGUAAUGUUUUGGUUGGCAUUGCUUGUAAGUCAUAAUUAUUUUUUAAUAUUUUGUUAUGUCAAGGAUAUCUACCAAUACCAAUCAAAUCAGUCUCAUGUAUCGACUCGUAAUAUUCUUUUGUCAUACAUAUUGAUUGAUUACCUUAAAUAAAUUUACAUGAAAGUUA